UCUCUGGAACAGAAAGAGGAAGCAAGAACUGACAAGGACUGACUAGAGAGGAGGGAAAAAAAAACAACUACACGAACUAGUCUGAUCUCUGAUAUUAAACGUCUGUGGCACUGUCUCUGGUGACUGGAAAUUUACAGAAUGGAACUGAUCCCAGGUCUGUGACCAGACGAGGGCUCUGUGUUUGACAAAGUAAUGAGUACAAUUUCCGUUCCUCUCUUGGAUCCUCCUGGCAGCUGCUGCUCUGUCACAUACAGACACAAGCUAUAAACACAAGGUUCAGUCAGACCACAGGACAGUUUGACAGCCCCCACUUCCUCAUCGAGAGUCGAAGCCGAGCAAGAGAACAUGAGCUUCCUGUGACGCCUCUGUGUGUCUGGUCAAUAAGUAUACUCACAUCACUCUUCUGCUGCCGAGCUGCAUGGAAAGACAGCGGCUCGGUCGUAUCCAGGGGGAAAGUCUCUGAUAGAUCUACGCUGACGGUCAUCUGCUGUUUAUCAAGAGAUUUCCUCCGGGAGCGGGACCAGUGUGGAUUCAGCAGCAGCGCGCCAGACCUGUUACAAAAAGAAAAAGAAAAAAAGAAAAAGCUGGGAUGCUGUUUAUAUGCAGUUAGACUUGUAUGAUAUAAGGAUAUUCCACCAUGCUGCAGCAGUCAGAGCUCAUCUUUGAUUUUGCCAGUGACCAUUUUAACAUGUCACAGAUGGGCGGUCACUCAGAUUUCCCUGCAGUGAUUGUGGAGCAAGUCCCCGACUCACACCUGCUCUCAUAUACAGGUCUAGUGUGUGAACAGUCGCAGACAGACGAGGAUCAUCAUCAUCAGCUGCUCAAAGUGGAGCCAUGUGACAGUGGAGAGGAAGAGACCAUGGAGACACUUGUUCCUGCUGACUCGCUCCUCAACAUGGACUGCGCUGACACGCUCUCCCUGGAACAACACUACUCCCAGACCUUCUUGCCAUCGCUGGGUGAUGUCAUCACUACUCCUGUUACCCAGGUGACCGUGUCAGCAGGGGGGGUUGUGGGAGCUGUGGACCAGCCGCACUGGCACUCGAUGCACACAAAUAAACCUGCGGCGCAGCUGCAGUCCAGAAAGAGAGGUAGAAAAGCUCGACAUCGGAGGGCAGAGUCUCCCACACCAGACAUCACAGUUAAGAAGGACAAAUACAACAAAGGAGGAAACACACUUUACCUGUGGCAGUUCCUGAUGGAGUUGCUGCAGGACAGACAAGUCUGUCCCCGCUACAUCAAAUGGACCAACCCGCACGCAGGGAUCUUCAAGCUGGUUAAUUCAAAAGCCGUGGCCCGACUCUGGGGCAAACACAAAAACAAACCAGAUAUGAACUACGAGACCAUGGGCAGAGCACUCAGGUACUACUACCAGAGAGGCAUACUGAAUAAGGUUGAAGGCCAGCGUCUUGUCUACCAGUUCACCUCUCUGCCCAAAGAUAUGGUUUAUAUCACAGAUGGAGAUGGCACCAAAGAGGAGGAAGACGAUGAUCACGAUGACAACAGCGGCAAUGAGGAAGGCGUGAGCGACGACUCCGACAGUACGAUAUCUUCUACUGACCAGUCGGUGGAGGAGGAAGAUUGUCACCCGCCACAGAAGAAAAUGUCAUCUGUUUCUGCGCGAGCCCCGUCUGCUCAGCGGAUAAAGUCGGCUCCCAGGCCCGCUGCUCAGCGGGACACCGUCCUGCGACCUGCCAGCUCCAGUUUGAUCCAGGAGCAGCACUUGCCCAUAGUGUCUGCUGAGAUGCUGCGGACCCUCCAGAACCUGCAGAAGGUCCAGUCUCUCCAACCCGCUGGUCACGCCUCAGUCUUCAAAACAGCUCAGCUGCUGGGGAGCCUUUGUGAGCGACAGGCUACUACUGAGGUGGACGUUGACAGUAAAGGCGCAGCUGAUGGACGGUCACAUCCGGGACAGAAAACUCCACAGCUGGUGCCUCUGACUAGCUCUGACCAAUAGAAAAAAAAACAAAACAACGUGCAAUCACGUCCAAACACACAGACGCCCAUACACUCCACUGACUCAGGAACACUCACAGAGCUGCACGUUGCUAUAGUGGUGGCAGCUUACCUGGUGCCGAUAAUCCUCAAGUGUGCAAAAGUGGGAGCUCUGAUCUAGAAUUGAGUUUUUAUUUUAAAACCUGAAUUGUAAACAAAGGUGAUUAUACAUUAGUGCCUCCUCGUGACAUCUGCAUUGGCAGGAGCCAAAAGGACACCAAAGGUUAGCUCCUUAGGAAAGGCAGACUAUAAAGUCCUUUAAAUCCAAUUUAUGCCAUUCCAUGUAGCUGUUAACUCCACAAGACACCAAAGACAGUCAUGCACUGGAAUCUAUGGCCUCUCUGCACAUUCUGCAGAUAAAUCCUCAGCUUGCACUUCAGCUCUGUUAUCAUGGAGCAAAUUAUCUAAUCAGCACACUGUAACCUCCUUCUCUGCCUUUACACUUGCUCUUUCAUAUGUUCUUGUUUUGUUUUUGUUUUUUGUCGUUGGUGGUGUUUUUUUUGUGUGUGUUAUUUUUUACUAUCGCAUGCUGAAUCAUUCCUUUGCCUUGAAAUGGCUUUGCACUAAUGUUUAACCCUGCUGUAUAUUUCUUCUCGAAGUGCCUAAAUGUCUCACUCCAUCCCUACUUCCUCUGUUCCAGGUUAUCACAAGGUUAUUGAGGGAAAACAUUCCAUGUUAUUAUUAUUUUUUUAAUAUUACUGAAUUGUGUUUGUAUUAUGAUAUGCUGAAAACAAGGGAUCACCGUUAUUUCUAGAACAGUAGUUCAGCACUGCUCCAGUUUAUAGUUUGUGCGUCUUUCUUUUCUUGACAAUCACCGUUGAGACGUCCGUGUGGACUCUGCCUCCAAUGGGUUCACGGCGCUACUAUAUAGACUUCCUGCGAUCACACAUUUCUGUUUAGCCAUUUCGCAUCUAUAAAGGCAUAUAUGAAACUCUAAAGCCUUGAUAUCUAUAUGUGUUGUGUGUCAUAUACUGGUCUGGAUGUCUGUGAAAGUGCUCAACUUGUGCUUUGUUGCCAUUUUCUUCCUCAGGUUCAUGUAUGUUUUGUGUGCAGCAGAUUAUACUGUAUACUCUAUAUAAGCAGUGAAGAUCCAAGCCUAUAAUAAUGAAGUAAUUAGUCGUUUUCUUUAGUCUCUCUUAGCAUAGCCUCACAAAGCCAGCCUGCAAAAUUCACCUCACUCCAAAUGAAAACUGUCUCUGUAAGAAUAAGGCUGGCUUCUGUCAGGCUAAACCUUGUGAAGAGACGCUUAUGCAGUCACUGUGCCUUUUCCUGCAGGGAAGCCCAAUGCAAAACUGUUUUCACUUUAUUACUGUGUAAACCAGUUGCAUUUAUUUUAAAGCUCCCCCUCACUCUGCUUUAUCUGGAGGUUUUCUAUAUUGUGUUUCACAUAUAUGUAAACAUGCAGCAGAGGGAGCGGUGGAGUCGCUGUUGCUUUUUGUGGUGUGUUUCCUUUCAUGCAGCCCAGAUGUGUUGAAAAGGUCUUUUGUAUGAAAUAUUAAAAUUAUCACUGUCUGUGAAA